AUGGCUUCAGCUGCCACUGCCAGUCGCCCUGUGGCCGUCACCGGCUCCGUGCCCCUCCCCUCCUUUUCGGGCACUGAGGGCGCCUACAUGCUGCCUCACCACCAGCAGGAAAUCGACCGCCUGACGCGCCAGCACCGCUUCAUGAACUCGACGACGGGCGGGCAGCUGCUCAUCACGCCCAACAUCAAGGAGAAGAAGGAGCUGCGCGUCCUGGACUGCGGUGCUGCAGAUGGCACCUGGCUGCGUGACCUGCCUCGCCAGCUCCCAGACCACAAGCUGGAGCUCCACGGCGUCGACAUCGGCUCAACCCUCUUCCCGCCUCCGUCUGCCGACGUCGAUCUCCGCGAGCACGACAUUCGCAGGCCCUUCCCCGCGUCCUGGGGCUGGCAGUCGUCCUUCGACGUCAUCCACCAGCGGCUGCUCAUCUGGGGCAUCAAGUCGGUCGAGUGGCCCGUCGUGAUCAAGAACCUGGUCGAGGGCCUCAAGCCCGGCGGCUACAUCCAGCUCGUCGAGGCCGAGUGGAUCAGCCACGACAAGCCGGCGGACCCGGCGACGCGGCCGCAGCUGCACAAGCAGGCCCUCAUGCAGGAGUGGUCGACGGCCGGCUUCGGCAUGGACAUUCACAUUGCGUACAAGCUCGAGGGCCUGCUCAAGGACGCCGGCCUCGAGGACGUGACGACGGUGCAGUUUGACCAUGGGUACGGCGCGCUGGCCAAGGCCGAGGACCAGAAGAAUGCGUCGGCCGAGCUGUGGGUUGAGUGCUUCCGGACUCUGGACGAGAAGAUUCCUGGUACGUUUUGA